GCGCAGUGUUUGUAUCCAGAUUACCGCCUCCACACUUAUCAACAUGUCAACUGCGAUUGUAAUAAAUCAAAACGAAGAACGGAAAGAUGUUGGCUCCAUCAUCGUCACGACAGAAUCUGAGACUGAUGUAGAUCAGGUACACUCUGAGAAAGAUCCAUUUUUGGAGUGGUCAUUGACUAUGGAUCCAGAAAAGAUCCUCAACUCGAACAUCAUUCGAACAUCUUCCUUCGACUACAAAGGUCUUCCUCGACCAAUUUUAAUUAAGGAAGACACGACUGGUGGUUGUGGAGGGAAAACAUGGGAAGCCGCAGAUGUUAGCUGCAACUAUCUCAUAUGGAAAUACGAGAGCAGUAAUGGUAAUGCCUUUAAAGGAAAAACUAUCCUCGAACUUGGAAGCGGUACUGGCCUAGUGGGCUUGGUAUUAGGAGCAAUGUGCAAUCCUUUGGAUGCAAACGAGAUUGUAAUCACGGACCAGAUUCCAAUGCUCUCACUUAUGGAGGCCAACAUUAACAUCAAUGACCUCGGCAGGAUUGUGAAGGCGAAUGUUCUUGACUGGGGAGUAGAACUGCCUCAUUGGCUUACUAAGACACCGGACAUCAUAAUAGCUUCGGACUGCGUAUAUCUCGAGAUCGCAUUUCAGCCUCUUAUUGAUUCGCUAUUGCUGUUAUCUAACGAAAAGACUGAAAUAUACUUGUGCUACAAACGAAGGAGAAAAGCUGACAAACGCUUCUUUACACUGGCGAGGAAAAAGUUUACCAUAACUGAGGUGACAGAAGAUCCACACCGCCCAGGAUACGAACGAAAGGGUUUACAUCUUUAUUUGAUGAAGCGCAAACUAUGAACAUUUCACCUCUCGAUAUCAUCCUGGUUAGACACUGGCCAACAAUCAGUACCAUAUACCUUUUAGACACUCGUCUCACAUAAACAGCAUGUGAGCUGUCUUCGUAAAGAUACAGUAGAACGGCGCACCAUCAAAAGCAUUUCCUGCCCAUUACACCCAUAAAAUGAUAUUGUAUAAAAAUCAAAAUAAAAAAUUUGGAUCGCCUACGUGCUUUGGAAGCU